AUGAAGCCCAUAGAAAAUAGUGAUGCCAUUAACAUUAACAGUCAAAAUAAUAUGUUGGGUUUCUCCCUCUCUCCGCAAAUGAAUAUAGGUGUUCCUUCACACCUUCAUCAGACACAGCCUUUAAUUGCUGCAGCUGAAACAGUUCCACCGAGCUUUUACCACCAUACUAUUCUUCAUAACUACGGCCUUUACUAUGGACUUGAAGGUGAACAUGUUGGAAUGUGUUCAUCCUUGCUGCCUAUCAUGCCCCUUAAAUCCAAUGGCUCGCUCUAUGGAAUAGAAGCUUUGAGUAGAUCACAAGCACAAGGUGAACUCCGACUCAAACCUUUGCUAUAUUCUUGUGUUUUGGUGACAAUGCAUCUGAGCUUAGAUGGUGUGUUUUACAACCAACUCUCAUGCCAUGGACCAAACAAUCUGAAUAACCAAAUUCACGUACAAGAGAAUAUCAGCCAGCAGCAAUACUCAUAUUUCCCCGCCAUGAGAAACCAUAAUGUGAUUUUAGAAGGGUCCAAGCAACGGCUCUCAAAUAUAGCUGAGGAUGAAAUUCCUGGUCUGAAUAGCUGGGUCUCAAGGGACUUUCCUAUUAGCCAUGCACAGGAAUCAAACAUGACUGUUCCUUUGAAGGAUAGUGGAGGCGAAUCUGGAUCCAUUGGAUCAAUGACAUAUGGGGAUUUACAUUCAUUGAGUUUGUCCGUGAGUCCUAGCCCACAAUCAAGCUGUGUUACUAGUUCACCUACUCUCAUUGAUUCUGUUGCCAUAAAUACAAAGAAAAGGGGAUCUGAAAUGGUGGACCAGGAUCAGAAGCGAAUGGUUCAUAGGAAAUCCAUAGAUACCUUUGGACAAAGAACUUCUCAAUAUAGAGGUGUAACAAGACAUAGGUGGACUGGUAGAUAUGAAGCUCAUCUAUGGGACAACAGCUGCAAGAAAGAGGGCCAAGGCAGGAAAGGAAGGCAAGGGGGUUAUGAUAUGGAAGAAAAGGCUGCAAGAGCUUAUGAUAUGGCCGCACUCAAGUAUUGGGGGCCCUCCACUCAUACAAAUUUCCCAUUGGAAAAUUAUCAAAACCAACUUGAGGAAAUGAUGAACAUGACCAGACAAGAAUAUGUUGCUCAUUUACGAAGGAAAAGCAGCGGAUUCUCAAGGGGGGCCUCCAUAUACAGAGGAGUGACAAGCAGACACCAUCAACAUGGAAGGUGGCAAGCUAGAAUUGGGAGAGUGGCUGGAAACAAAGAUCUAUAUCUCGGAACAUUCAGUACCCAAGAGGAAGCAGCUGAAGCCUACGACAUUGCUGCUAUAAAAUUCCGAGGAGUUAAUGCUGUUACUAACUUUGAUAUAACAAGAUAUGAUGUGGAUAAGAUUAUGGCAAGCAGUAACCUUCUUAGCAGUGAACAAGCUAAACGGAACAAAGAGAUGAAUGGUGGAACUAGGGACGAGGCUAAGGAUAAAAAAAAAGCUUCUGCAUGUAAAGACACUCAAGAAGCCAUUCCAAUGCAGAAUCCACCAAGAAUUGAGAGUUGUAGAACUCAGUCCUUCUCAAUGGCUUUGAAUAACAUAUUUCAUCAAGAAGUAGAGGAAUCGAGUAACAUGGGAACACAAUUGUCAAAUCCUUCUUCGCUUGUGACAAGCUUGAGUAGCUCAAGAGAAGAGAGCCCAGAUAAGACAAGCUUGCCAAUGCUCUUUGGAAUGCCUGCAACAAUGUCCAAAUUAUUGACUAACGUGGAUUCUUGGGAUGCAUCUUCCCAUCUCAGGCCUGCGCUUUCUUUGCCUCAGAUGCCAGUGUUUACUACUUGGACCGAUGCAUGA